AUGUCAGGAACAAUAAACAAGAAACAUAUCAAGACGCAAUCUACUUACGCAUUCGAAAGCAACACAAGCAACGUUGCUGCAUCCCAAAUGAGAAACGCUUUGAACAAAUUGGCUGACUCCGUUCAAGGUGAUGAAGAGGAACGUGCCAGAUUUGAAGCUCAAUUGGACUCUUUCUUCUCUCUAUUUAGAAGAUACUUGGUCGAAAAAUCUUCAGGUAACACUUUGGAUUGGGAAAAGAUCAAAUCUCCAAAUCCUGAUGAAGUGGUCGCUUACGAAACUAUCGCUCAACAACCGGAAAAUGUCACCAAUUUAUCGAAAUUGGCGGUCUUGAAAUUAAAUGGUGGGUUGGGUACCUCAAUGGGGUGUGUUGGUCCAAAAUCUGUCAUUGAAGUGAGAGAUGGGAACACAUUUUUGGAUUUAUCUGUUCGUCAAAUUGAGCAUUUAAAUAGACAAUAUGAUAGUGAUGUCCCAUUAUUAUUAAUGAAUUCAUUCAAUACGGAUAAGGAUACAGAACAUUUAAUCAAGAAAUACUCUGCUAAUAGAAUUAGAAUUAGAUCCUUUAACCAAUCUAAAUUCCCAAGAGUUUACAAGGAUUCCAUGUUACCUGUCCCAACUGAUUAUGAGGAUAAAUUGGAUGCCUGGUAUCCACCGGGACAUGGUGAUUUAUUCGAAGCCUUACAUGCUUCUGGUGAAUUGGAUGCAUUGAUUGCUCAAGGUAGAGAGAUCCUUUUCGUUUCCAAUGGUGAUAAUUUAGGUGCUACCGUGGAUUUGAAAAUCUUAGAUCAUAUGCUACAAACUGGUUCCGAAUAUAUUAUGGAAUUGACUGAUAAGACAAGAGCUGACGUGAAAGGUGGUACUUUAAUUAACUAUGAUGGUCAAGUUAGAUUACUAGAAGUCGCUCAAGUACCAAAGGAACAUAUCGAUGAAUUUAAAAAUAUUAGAAAAUUCAAGAAUUUUAACACAAAUAAUUUAUGGAUUAAUUUGAAAGCCAUUAAGAGAUUAAUUGAAUCAAGUUCAUUGGAAGUGGAAAUUAUUCCAAAUAAGAAAACUAUCGUUAGAGGUGGUCACGAAGUUAAUGUGUUACAAUUGGAAACUGCAUGUGGUGCCGCCAUUAGACAUUUCAAUGGUGCUCAUGGUGUUGUUGUACCAAGAUCAAGAUUCUUACCUGUUAAGACAUGUUCCGAUUUAUUAUUGGUUAAAUCUGAUCUUUUCUAUUUACAACAUGGUGCUUUGAAAUUAGAUCCAGAAAGAUUUGGUCCAAAUCCAUUAAUUAAAUUGGGUUCCCAUUUCAAAAAAGUUUCAGAUUUCAGUUCUAGAAUCUCUCACAUCCCUAAGAUUGUAGAAUUGGAUCAUUUAACCAUCACUGGUAAUGUCUUUUUAGGUAAAGAUGUUACUUUGAGAGGUACUGUCAUCAUUGUCUGUUCAGAAGGUCAAAAGAUAGAUAUUCCAAAUGGUUCUGUCUUGGAAAAUGUUGUCAUUACUGGUAACUUGCAAAUCUUAGAACAUUGA